AUGGCUAGUAACGGGUUCCAAAACACUAGCUACAAUGAUAGACCACCCUCAUCCACAGGAAGCGGCGAAGCAGAUGUAGCUAGUGAUCCAGCAAGCGGUGGAUUCUUCUUGAACGACUACAAAAAACAUGAAGACUUAAAGAUCAUGCUGGAUGGGAACAAAGACAAUUUGAAGUUAGAGGCAAUGAAGCGCAUUAUUGGGAUGGUUGCAAAAGGCAAGGAUGCCUCAGAUCUCUUCCCAGCUGUUGUCAAAAAUGUGGUGUCCAAAAACAUUGAGGUGAAAAAGCUUGUGUAUGUCUACCUGACUCGCUAUGCUGAGGAACAACAAGAUCUUGCUUUACUGUCAAUCAGCACAUUCCAGAGAGCUCUAAAGGAUCCUAACCAACUAAUCCGUGCCAGUGCUCUGAGAGUGUUAUCCAGUAUUCGUGUACCUAUGAUAGUUCCUAUCAUGAUGUUAGCAAUUAAAGACUCUGUAAAUGAUAUGUCGCCAUAUGUACGUAAAACAGCAGCUCAUGCUAUACCAAAGCUGCAUAGUUUGGAUGAUGAACAGAAAGAUUCACUAGUUGAAGUCAUUGAGAAACUUCUUGCAGACAAAACUACACUCGUAGCAGGCAGUGCAAUACAAGCCUUUGAAGAGGUGUGUCCAGAGAGAAUAGAUUUGAUCCACAAGAACUACCGCAAACUGUGUAACCUCCUGGUGGAUGUGGAAGAGUGGGGACAAGUCGUCAUUAUUAAUUUAUUAACACGCUAUGCAAGACUACAGUUCAUCAAUCCAAACAAAUAUGAAAUGGAAGAUGAUGAGAACAAACCAUUUUACGAGUCAGAAGCUUCCAACAAAGCAAGCUCCGAUGAUGAAUCUGAUAAACCCAAAAAACCUGUCUACGUCAUGGAUGCUGACCAUAGACUUCUUCUAAGAACAUGUAAACCUCUGUUAAAUAGCCGGAAUGGCUCUGUUGUCAUGGCAGUGGCCCAGCUCUACCAUCAUUGUGCUCCUAAGGGAGAGGUUGGCCUGGUUGCUAAGGCUCUAGUCAGGCUACUGAGAAGUAACAAAGAAGUGCAAUAUGUAGUGUUAAGUAACAUAGCCACUAUGUCCCUCAAACGUAAGGGCAUGUUUGAACCACUGUUGAAGAGUUUCUAUGUUCGUUCCAACGACCCAACACACGUGAAACUGCUCAAGCUAGAAAUCCUUACUAACCUGGCUACAGAGACAUCCAUUUCUACAAUACUUCGGGAAUUUCAGACUUAUGUGACCAGCUCUGACAAAGAGUUUGCAGCAGCCACCAUUCAAGCAAUAGGACGAUGUGCCAGUAGCAUAGCUGAAGUGACAGAUACAUGCCUAAAUGGCCUUGUCAGUCUCAUGUCUAAUAGAGAUGAAUCUGUGGUUGGUGAAAGUGUUGUGGUUAUAAAGAAAUUGCUUCAAAUGAAGCCAUCAGAGUACAAGGACAUCAUCGUUCACCUUGCCAAGAUGGUAGAUGAGAUCUCAGUGCCUAUGGCAAGGGCUUCCAUCUUAUGGCUCAUAGGGGAAUACUCCGACAGGGUCCCAAAGAUUGCCCCUGAUGUACUAAGGAAACUAGCAAAAAGCUUCAUAUCUGAGGAAGAUAUAGUCAAACUACAAGUCCUUAACCUGGCAGCUAAAUUAUGUAUCACCAAUUCAAAGCAGACCAAACUUCUCUGCCAAUACGUCUUCAACCUCGCCAAGUAUGACCUCAAUUAUGACAUCAGAGACCGGGCACGUUUCUUGCGUCAGCUUAUCAUUCCCAAUGAGAAGUCAGGAGCACUGGCAAAACAUGCAAAGAAGAUUUUCCUCUCUAGUAAACCUGCCCCUGUGCUGGAGUCAAAGUUUAAAGAUCGUGAUGUCUACCAACUAGGGACAUUAUCCCACGUCCUGAAUGUCAGAGCAACAGGAUACCAGGAGAUCCCUGAUUGGCCAGAUGUUGCACCUGACCCCAGUGUACGUAACGUUGAGGUUGAAAUCCCAUGGAAAGACAAUCUACUGGGAACUCGAGACAGUAAGAAAGGAAAGAAAAAAGAGAAGAAAGAGAGAGGAUUUUACUCAGAGUCAGAAUCCAGUGAGGAAGAAGAGUCUACUACAAGUGGAAGCAGUGAAAGUUCAGAGGAUUCAAGUGAGGACAGCUCACAAUCAGAGGAGGAGGAAGAGGAGGAGAGCGAAUCAGAAGAGGAGACAGAGUCAGAUGACUCAAGUGGAGUUGAGGACAUUGCUGUAUCUCUCAAACCUAAAGCAGUAGCAGUACCUGUUAAAGCAGGUGUCAAUCACAAAGCUACACAAUCUGAGUCAGGAUCCUCAUCUGAAUCGUCAUCAUCAUCCAGUGAGGAGAGUUCAAGUGAAGAAGAGGUGGUUGUCAAGAAGCCAACAAAGAAAGAAGCAAGCAAAUCAAAGACUAGUACAAAAAAAGCCAGCAAUAAACAGGCUGCUGCAAUGUUACUUGACCUGGAUGACUUUGGUCCUGCAGCAAAUAACAACAAAACCAAUGGGAACAACAAAACUAACAGUACUAUGGACCUACUUACCCCUAGUCUUUCCUCAGAUCUUAGUAACAUGUCUAUCAGUGGGUCAACCCCUGUCUCAAUGGUAUCAUCUCCGAUCCAAGUACAACGAGUACAGCACGACUUACUUAACCGUAUCACAGGCAAUGGUUUAGGAAUAUCAUAUGCAUUCACACGCACAGUCUCUGUAUUCUCACCUAAACUGGUCUCCAUAGAGCUGACUUUUAACAAUACAAGUGAAAAUGAACUUAAAGGAAUAAAAAUAGGCGAAAAGAAACUUCAAUCUGGCAUGGAAAUGCAGGACUUUCCCGAGAUUACCUCCCUCGGGAAAAAUACUUCCACAUCUGCAAUAUUGGGGGUGAACUUUUGUGAUACCACGCAACCUGCUAAAUUUGAAAUUAUUGCUAGUGAAAAAGCAUAUAAUGUUAGCAUCAAUGCGCCAGUUGGUGAAUUACUUCAACCGUUUACGAUGAAUGAGAAAGAAUUCAUAACUCAACAAGGAAAAUUAGCUGGCAUGAACGAGAACUCUGGAAAGACUGAACUGCCAGAGAACAAGAGUGAUUCCCAAACUAUAAAUGAGAGAAUAUUAACAGUUGCCAAUGUCCUCCAAGUCCCAUCUACAACAGACAAUACAUACAGAUAUGUGGCUAAGACAAUGUCAGAAUCCGCUCUUUUACUUGUCACUAUAAAAGUAGCAGAAGAUAGAAAAGCAACGAUAACAGUGAAUUGUGAAAAAAUGGUGAUUUGUUCGAUGUUAGUUAAAGAUAUUAAACAGAUACUCAGCAAGAAGUAAAUAUUGGAGGAAAACUGUCAAUAUGAACAAAUAUUAUAAAUCCAGAAACAUUAAAUGGCUGCUAAUCUGGGAGGUGCUUCUUCUACAGUUACCUCAUGUGAAAGUUUAACUAGGCCUAAAUACUUUAAAAUGAUAUAGAAGGCAGUUCAUAAAUAGAAAAUUGUUUAAAGGCAAGGAUGCAACAGUGUCAUCCCAGAUCAAGUUACUUUGAAUUAAUGCCUGUUGAUUUUUAUUAUGACUUGUAAGAUUAUGUGUCAAUGGCUCUGAAAUUCUAUUUUGACCAUUUAUGAAAUCCUUUAGAUACAUUUUGGGGUCCACUCCAGUAAUUCAUUAAUUUUCUGUAAAAUGAAUUUAAGUAAAGUACUCUCAUAUGGUAAAUACUUUAAUAAUAAAUAUGUUGCCAUCAUUCCAACUUUUUUGUCAACCAUAUUUAUGAUAAAAGAAAAUCAUUUCAUUUCUAUAUAUUAGGUCUGAAUUUUUAUUUCUCUAAUUUCUAUAUUUUGGGAAAAUUACAAAUCUAUCUGUGUCAGCAAUCAUGUUAUGUUACUUGAUACGUC